AUGUCUUUUAUACUGGACACAGCGCUGGGCAAUGCUGCGCCAUUUCCCUUUCAUUCGGGUCCAGUACCACAGCCAUAUGAGCUCGCGUUGACUCCCGAGUUCAUUCAGCAGACCCGAGUCAGGGUGCGAAACUACAAGCCUUCUAUCGACCUGAGCAAUAGCAGCGAUAGCGAAUGGUCCGAUGGGCCUCCAGCUAAAACCAUAUCUGCCUUGGCCAAAUACUGGGCUGAAGAUUUUGAUUGGUACGAAGUUCAGCAAAAGAUGAACUCAGACUUCUCUCACUACACAGUGACGAUUCCGAAAACGAGCCGCUACGACGCUGAGCUUCCUCUACACUUUGUCCAUGAAAGAUCGAGUGAUGAAAACGCUGUGCCUCUGCUUCUCCUGCAUGGAUGGCCUUCUACCCAUCAGGAGUGGGCCAAGGUCAUCAAACCACUGACUUCGCCCGAGAAUAUAUCCACCAAAUCCUUUCAUACUGUCGCGCCUGACAUUCCCGGCUUUGGUUUCAGUCCAUCUCCGCCCAUCUCCGGCCUCGGCCCUCGUGAGAUGGCUGUCGUGUUCGACAAGCUUAUGGCCAUCCUCGGAUACAAGCGCUACGGCAUAGCCACCACAGAUUUAGGUUGGCAAGUAGGUAUGUGGAUGGUGGAGGAUGUGGGAGAGAACAUCAUCGGUCAUAUGACCGACUUCUUUAUUCCCCAGCCUACUCCGGACGACUUCGAUCGUCUGAAGAGCAAUAAGACGACCUCACAAGAAGCCACGUACCUACAAUCUCUGCAGGCCUAUAUGAAUGGCCACGCUGCAUAUGCUGCUAUCCAGGCACAAGCACCAUUGACGUUAGCUUUAGCUAUGUCGGAUUCUCCUGUCGGCUACGCGGGCUGGAUAUGGCACUUGAUGCACACCGUUAGUGAUGGAUAUGCAUACUCGUACGACGAGGUGAUUACGUCUACGAUGCUACUCUGGAUUCAGGGUACAUAUGGAAACUUGAGGACAUACAAGGAGUUUUACAAGCCUGGUCUCAUGGACUUUCCACGCACGAGCGUCCCAACAGGAGUCUCCCAAUGGCUGAAUCCAAGCGGACCAUAUCCUGAGAUGAAAGAUUUUCCUUUUGCUCCCAGAGAUUGGAUCGAGCGUGUCGCCAACGUGGUUUACUUCUCAGGUCACGACUUUGGGGGCCAUUUUCCAGCUGUGUCUCAGCCAAAGUGUUGGGUUGACGACACUCGAAAGUUCUUCGAUUUAAUCACAAGCUAG